UGUGAUUGGCGGAGAUCAGUGAAGGGCGCUGGAACACGCCGUCACUACCACUCGGCCCGGGCGGGGACGCAGAAACUGCACUUCAAGCGGUUUACAAGUCUGAAGUUGCUGGACAGAGCCAUUAGGUGGUGAUGUCUGAUAACAGCAGUGGCACCAACAGCUGGACCUUUCUCACGUCUGAGGUAAAGGAAUCUGGCCUGGAGGCUCAGGGACAAGGAGACAGCACGGGGUCAGCCAAGCUCCCAUCUGAGCAGCUGGGCCCAGGCUCCACCCGGAGACCCGAGCUUCCAGACAGUCACGCGGAGGAGACUCCCGGCCCCGAGCCGCCUCAGGUAAGGCCUCUGGAGGCUGGAGAAGACGUGGCCCCUCUGACAGCUGACCCCCUGCUCAGCGCUGGCUCUCCUGUUGAGAGCCUCUCCUCUCUGACCUCUGACUCCAGCGAGCGCAGCCCUUCCCACCAUGGUGAAGGUCACCACCUUCCGGACCCUGACGGGGAAACGUUCUCCGACUCGUUUGAGCCCACGAGCCCAGCCCCUGACCAUGACGCUGCCACGUGUGGGGAGAUUUCCCAAGAGGUAGAGAAGUCGGAGCUGAGGAGGACCCUGAGCGAAGAAGAGUCCAAACUAGGCUGUGAAACAGAAGAGAAGGUGAGUGAGGGUUCUGGAGUGAGGAGGAGAAAUAUCUCCCUGCUGACUCCUCAUCGAGAUGACGAGGAUGAGGAGCUGUUGGAAGAACACUUCCAACCCCCUCCACGAGCGGACGGCUUUGGUGUCUCCCUGAACAAGUGCAUCUUCGGUGCGCUGCUUCUGCUGGCCCUGGGCACCGUGUUCUUCUCUGGUGUGCUCAUGGAUCUGGAUGGCGUGGGAGACGUGGAUGUGGGGGAUCUGACGGAGGCAGUGCUGCAGAAGGAGUGGUUGAACCCUGAUGCUCCAACAGAAACUCCUGCAGCUGUCCAGCAUUCAGAACUACUGGAGCGUUUGGCAAAGGACAGCGAGCAAAUCGCAAACCUGCAGGCACGGCUACAGCAACAGGAAGAGCGCCUCAGAGCUGCACAAUUCCAGGUGGAGGAGGAAUCCAAGGAGCGGAAGAGAAGGGAGGAGUUAGAAGUGGAGAACCAGCGGAUGAAGGAGGAGUUGGAGAGACUGCUUGCACUCCAGAAACAGCUGGAGCAAGAGACCCAACGGCUGAAGAAAGUGAGUGAGGGCCCAGAGGAAGAUCUACAGGGUCUCCCAGCCAUGCAGAAAGCCCUGGAAGUUCUGAGAAACAUGGCAGACAUCUCUCAGAAUAAAAAAGCUCCAGUGGUACCCUCUGCUGAGGGGGAGGCGCGAGCCCAUCACAGAGGGAAGGAACCUGAAGAUGCAAGAGUGCAAGAGAAGGAACAGAAGAAUGAACUGAAAAAGGCCAGGAAGGGAAAGGUAGAGGUGGAGAAGCCAAGGGUGCAGAGGGGUGGUGAGAAAAGAAACGGAAAGAAAAGGGGAGAGCAGGAGAAAGAGGAGGGCAAAGGAGAGGGGAAGGCUGAAAGGGAGAAGACGAGGGGAAAAAUGGCAGAUGAGGGCAAAGGGUGGAAGGAGGGUGGUGAGAAAAGGAAGUUCAAACACGAUGGUGGCAAAGGGGACAGGAAAGAUGGGAGAAAGGAGAAACUUGGAGCGGUGGAUAAUGGAAGGAAAGGUCCAGGAAAUAAGGUGAAGGAAGACGAGGAGUGGAAGCAUGGAAGUGAGGAAAAAGGUUGGAAGCACAGGAAGGAAUGGAAGAAAGUCAAUGAAGCUGGUGGGAAUGAAUGGAAAGAACAAAGGGAGGGGAAGAAAUCAGAGAAAAGGGAGCAGGAGGGAGGUGAAAAGAGAGGAGGUGGCAGAAAGGAGAACCUGAAGGAUGGUGGAAAACCUGACAAAGUCCAGAAGGAAAAACUUGGGAAAGGCAAGAAAGAUCAUCACAAAGGAAAUGGUGAAAAGGUACAGAAGGACUGGGAAGAAAAGCACCGGAAUGUCAGAGAGCAAGACUGGACAGGUGAGGCAUGGACAGAUGUGAAGAGAAGUAAAGAUGAACACCAUCAGAAAGGGCAGAAGUGGAGCAGAAAGGACAAACCUGGGCAUGGGUCCUUGGACAAGGCAUCCCACCAUUCCCACCACAUCCACGAUGACUACUGGACCAGGCAGAGGGACCGUAUACGUCACUACCGUGGGUCGAUGGAAGGCUGCACUGGUAUAAUGGCGUGUGCUCACGCAGAAGGUCUCAACCCCGUUUCGCAGAAUGAAUUUGAGAGCUUAUUUCUGGGCUACUUGAGCAGGGUGCUAGGAACCACGGAGCAAGCAUCAAAAAAAGGGGAACUGAACAAGCUGGUUGGCGAGUUCUUCACAGAUGGUGUGUUCGUUCAUGACCAGAUACCCUUUAGCGAGUUUGUGGAGGACAUGGCAGACAUUUUGGAAGAUGUAGCAGAAGAUGAGGGGAAUGAGGAAAUGGAGGAUGAGAUGGAAGGAUUUGCAAGAGAGGCAAUGGAGAAGUUUGCACUUCCAGAUAGGAGAGGGAAUGUGGAGAAGAGGAAGGGAGUUUCUGGCUGAGGGGGGGGGGGAAGGAAGAUUCGGAGAGACGCAAGCUUGCAGAGGACCCGUGGACGAGUUUGGCUCUGACUUGUUGAAGCUAUAGAGAAUCUUCCAAUGUGAAGGAACAACACUUAUACGCACCUGUUCAAAGCCCACACACACACUGCUGCUCCUGACAUGUCCCUGCUCAUGAGCAGUUCCACCCGGGCAUGUGCACAGAUGCUACGUGAUCCAUGAAUUCCUUUUUUUGUUUGUUUUUUCCUGUCUUACUUCUGCCUGAUGUUUUGGAAGGGUUUUCAGUUUGAGACUGAGCAACAAGUUGCAAAGAAGCUGGAGGGCUGUAAGAUUGAUCUUAAGAUUAGUGCAGUGACAUGCAUGUGUAGCCUCCAAGUGAGACUUCCUGUUAUUGUCUUAAUGGUCCUGUAGUGUGGUGGAUGGUUUGGUUUUGUUUUUUAAAACCCCAGUAGUUUGCUGCUUCUGUUUCUGCAAUGUCCAAAAAUGUCUGGCAGAAAACACAAUCUGCACACUGUAGUCAAACUUGACUGAGAUGGUACUUUUCAUACUCUCCUUUUUUUUUUUUUAAAGGGUCAAGUGAUUAAUCUGCAAUAUAUUAAGUACAAGUCCAAUUCUGUCACUGUUGUACACUGCUGUGGAAUAUUAACCUCGUGUUUGUACUUUUCUUCUAGUUGUAUGCACUGAAUUGUUUUAGUUCUGGUCAUUUGGACUGAUGUCUAAAUUUAAGGUUUGUUUUAAAAUAUUUUUGUUAGGAAUCUUUUUAAUUGGUUUAUAUUUGGGUAAGGCAUUUCAUAUUACUCAUCUAGUCGGCCACGUGUUGGACUAGAUUUCUCAGAUAGGUUGUGUGGUUGUGCCACGUGUUUCUCUCUGCAUCUAGUCACUUUCGUAGAGCCUGUUUGCAGAUAAAAAUGAAACAUUGGCUUCUUGUUUUGUAAUUUUAAGUAUAUUACAGUAUCCACCUGGCACUUGUACAAUGUAAUACUACUACUCUUGUUGGUAAUGUUGAAGUUUAUUUAUAAUUGUUGCUACUGCUAAUUCAGUAGGAAAUGUUAUUUUAGCAUAACCGGUACAGAGUAAUAUAAAGAAAUGGACAUGAAGUUAAUCUGUAAGGUUUAAAAAAAAAAAAAAACCUGCUUUAUAAUAGAAAUUCAUUUGUUUCAGUUCCCCUUAAUUCUGUUCAUUGCUGAAGUGUAGCACAUAAAGGGUUAACCAUCACCUUUCACUUAACUAAUAAAAUUGAAUUUACAGCAAA